UCAUUCACAUUUCCAAAACUCAUAAACCCAUGUGCCAAGAACAUGUCUAGGAAUGUUUUCUCUGGGGCUUGUACAAACUUUUAUUAGUCCAGGUUUCCUGGAAUAAACGUUUGCGAAAAUAAGUAGUAGAUCCUAAAAGCGUGAUUUGAACUUAUUGUGAAGUUGAGAUUCAGGAAGCAAAGAUGAUAUUCGUCUGGAUUAUGGUUGCCCAGUUUGCCCUAUCGGGAGCGGACACUGAGCCACUGUGUUUAUCAAGAUUCGAUUAUGAUUAUAAACUAUUAUCAAAACUUGUAGAGCUGGAAACUGGACAAAAGAGACUUCAUGAAACAAUUACGGAACAACAGACGGUAAUCAACGAACUUCAAACAAUAAUUACAGGCUCUAAAUCAAAAGAAGUUGGGUCUGUUUAUACACGUUGGGGAAAAUCUUCAUGCCCUUGUAACGGCACAGAGACUAUAUAUGCUGGACUUGUUGCGGGGUCACACUAUUCCCACAGAGGUGCAGCUGCUAACUACCUGUGUUUAACACAGCAACCCUCUUGGAAUAAGUAUGACGACAAAGAACAAGAUGGCGGACUUGUUCACGGGGCUGAAUACGAGUUUGAUCUUCGAAGCCGAAAGCAUUUCUUUGGUCGUGAAAUAACUGAUGAGGAUCCUCCCUGUGCUGUUUGCCGAACUGAACGGCCAACCGUAAUAAUGAUUCCUGGCAGUCGACAAUGUCUCGAUGGCUGGACCAUGGAAUACCACGGUUACUUAAGCACUGGGCAUUACGAUCAUGAUGCAGCUUCCGAAUAUGUGUGUCUAGAUGUCGAUCCGGAAGCAAUUUUGGGAGGAACAUCUAAUAAUGAUGGCAAGCUUUUCUACUUUACGGAAGUGCGAUGCGGUUCCUCAUCGCUUUGCCCUCCUUAUGUGAAUGGUCGAGAGCUUUCGUGCGUCGUGUGCUCCAAAUAGAAUGUAUUGAAUCAACCGUUCAAGACGAGCUAAUAUCCAACAUGUAUGAAAAAGCAAUAGUUGAAAAAACAGUACUGUAUCAAUAGUAUUUUGUAUUUACGUACUGUUGAUUCUGGAGAAUUCAAUCAUUACAAAUUUACUGUGCUUUUAGUGUCAAAUGGCCAUUGUUUCUCCACUUUGGUUAUGGAGGUUUUGUUAAGGAGUACUUUAAUGCCCUACUAAAUUAUCAUUAAGUAGUGUUUGAGAAUGUAUCUGGCCUUUAAAGCACCAGCUAUGCAUGCCCUUUUCUUUGUCCUGGUAUCAUAGCAUGUUGACAAAUUGUCUGUGUCUUGUUUAUUAUUGGCUUAUUGUAAUUUGAGUGGAUUCAAAGAAAUAUAGCUCUACCGGUUAUGCUUUGACAGAUCAAUAUUCAUUGAUCAAAGAUCGACGAUAACCAAGGUUUGAACUAGGCCUUUGAGUGAUUUUGUUUGAUUAUGUUUCUAUUUGUACAAAUAAUGUCGUAUGCGUGAUUUCUGCAAUCUAGAAACGUGACAGUUAUAAGCAUCUGACUUUCAAUAAAGUACGCAAUUGAAACCACAAGGACAAGCGUAGUAGCCUUAAAUGUGACCACUGUCCUGUUAAAUGAAAAAACAUGCACUAUAUUUUCAUGAAUAGCAAAAUCCAGAUGAAUCUGAUUCAUUUUUAAUACCAAUUUAAACACGUAAUCGGGAAAUAUCAAUCCUCAAUUAUGAGAGUUCAGUUUCGGGGGUUUCAAAAUCAAAAUGCAUAGAAAAGAUUCCUAUAAAAACAUACAUUAACAGAUACGUGCUCACUAUUCGAUAUUGGUUAAAAGUACAACAGUUUAAUAGUUUUUAUUUAUUUCUUUUGUAACGUAAAUCCAUGGAUUUAUGCGAGGAGGGCCUCACAACUUGGGCAUCUAACGGAAUUAUUAUGUCAAAAUAUUUGCUCCAGUUUUAGUUGAUAGAUUUCUUAGUGGCGUGCUGAUAUUAUCAACGGUGCGAAACUUAAUAUUAUUUACUUGUAUAUGCAUAGUACGUUUUGCAGGCUGAAUAUCUAAAUAUUUUAUGUAACAAAAACAACAGAAAUUACCUUACUCAAUUGCGUGUAUCAGCGCACUGGUUACGUAUCGAAACGUAGGGUCGGAUAUAAAUGUAUUAAAAAGUAUUCUUUAUGUAAAACCUAUCAUGUUAAAAUUUACUCAACUAAUUAGUAGAAAUAGCAAACCGACUAAUGUACAUUUAUGUUAAUUCUUGGUACAGGCAAAUAAUAGAAGACACUUAUUAAUCAAUGUUAUUGUUUUUUAAGUUUUGAUCAAAUAUAUUCACUGUUGUAACCAUUUACCACCCGCAUUUCCAUAAUAUAUCUAAUUAACUAGCUGUACAGUUUAUUAUUAUUAUUAUUAUUAUUAUUAUUAUUAUUAUUAUUAUUAUUAUUAUUAUUAUUAUUAUUUUUGUUAUUCACAAUACUUGAAUUGUUAUUAUAUUGGCUACUGCUUUUCUGUAAUGUUUUGUUGAAUAAGUCCGAAUAAACUUCUGAUCUGC